CAAAGCCAGCUCAGCUGGUUUGGAGUGGGCGGUUACACACCAUCCUCACUUCAUGUCUGUGCGUAAGAGCAUACAGCUUGGAGCUAUACAAGCAAAGGCCAGGAUUUCUGUAGGCAUGCCCUCAGUGUUGGAGUAACAGGGUAGACUGUUUUGCUCUUUAGAGUUGUUAGUCAUACUGGGAUCAGUAAGAACGUGCUGUAAUCAUUUAAGUCAUUACAACCUGGAAGUGUGCUUAUGAUGAAAAGUAGUGACUGUGGUAUGGAGGACAGACAAGAGACAGUAUGCAAUAAUUCCAUGGAAUCCUCAGAAGCCGAGGAUAAUCAAGACCCAGAGCGCUUUCAGGUACGCAGGCGAUCCAGCAGAACCCUGCAGCUACCUCCUCUGGCCUUCCGGCAAGCCGAGCAGUUUUUCUGGAAGGAGUCUGAGCAAAUAUCUCGACCUGCCACGCUGGCUCUGAGCAUGCCUCCUCUGAUCGCCAUCACCUUGGCUGAUUCCAACAGUUUUGACGUGGACAAUGGCACGUCUUCAGGAAGGAGUCCCCUGGAUCCCAUGACCAGUCCAGGCUCUGGCCUCAUUCUUCAGGCCAACUUUCCACACAACCAGAGGAGGGAGUCCUUCCUCUACCGCUCAGACAGCGACUAUGACCUGUCUCCCAAGUCCAUGUCUCGCAACUCAUCCAUCGCCAGUGACAUGAAUAACCAUCUGCAGAGGCCAGGCCUGGUGUCUCGGCGCUCUGAGCCGGUUAUUAGUGGAACUCACGGGGAUGACCUGAUUGUAACACCGUUUGCCCAGGUACUGGCCAGCUUGAGAACGGUACGGAACAAUUUUGCAGCGUUAACCAACUUGCAGCAAGAAAGAUCCACAAAUAAGAGGGCUCCCAUGUGUAACCCACCUCCUCUCCAAAAGGCUUCCUUCACAGAGGAGGCCUACCAGAAGCUGGCCACCGAGACACUGGAGGAGCUUGACUGGUGCCUGGACCAGCUGGAGACCCUGCAGACCCGCCACUCUGUCAGCGAGAUGGCCUCCAAUAAGUUCAAGAGGAUGCUGAACAGGGAGCUCACCCACCUGUCUGAGAUGAGCCGAUCCGGAAACCAGGUCUCCGAGUUCAUCUCCAGCACCUUCCUCGACAAGCAGCAUGACGUGGAGAUGCCCUCACCUCAAAAUCAGAAGGAGAAGGAGAAGAAAAAAAAGCCCAUGUCGCAAAUAAGUGGUGUGAAGAAGCUCAUGCACAGUACCAGCCUCACCAACUCUAACAUCCCUCGCUUUGGGGUCAAAACAGAUACCGAAGACUCCUUAGCCAAGGAACUGGAAGACGUAAACAAAUGGGGCCUUAAUGUUUUCCUAGUCACAGAGUUUUCUGGAAACAGGCCGUUAACGGUGAUGAUGUACACAAUCUUUCAGGAGAGAGACUUGCUCAAGACAUUUAAAAUUCCAUUAGACACUUUUAUAACCUACCUGAUGACCUUAGAAGACCAUUACCAUGCAGACGUGGCAUAUCAUAAUAAUAUUCAUGCUGCUGACGUAACGCAGUCCACACACGUGCUGCUCUCCACGCCUGCUUUAGAGGCUGUUUUCACAGACCUCGAGAUUCUUGCUGCCAUUUUUGCCAGUGCUAUUCAUGACGUUGACCACCCGGGUGUCUCGAACCAGUUCCUCAUUAACACCAACUCUGAGUUGGCCCUCAUGUACAAUGACUCAUCAGUGCUGGAGAACCAUCAUCUGGCUGUUGGCUUUAAGCUGCUCCAGGAAGAGAACUGUGACAUCUUCCAGAACCUUACCAAAAAACAGAGACAAUCCCUCCGGAAGAUGGUGAUUGACAUCGUAUUAGCCACUGAUAUGUCUAAACACAUGAACCUACUAGCUGACUUGAAAACGAUGGUGGAGACGAAGAAAGUGACCAGUUCUGGAGUCCUGCUGUUGGAUAAUUAUUCAGACAGGAUACAAGUGCUCCAGAACAUGGUACACUGUGCAGACCUGAGUAACCCAACCAAACCACUGCAGCUGUACCGCCAGUGGACAGACCGCAUCAUGGAGGAGUUCUUCAGUCAAGGUGACCGGGAGAGGGAGCGAGGCAUGGAGAUCAGUCCCAUGUGUGACAAACACAAUGCCUCGGUGGAGAAAUCCCAGGUGGGCUUUAUCGAUUACAUCGUCCACCCUCUGUGGGAGACAUGGGCUGACUUGGUGCACCCGGACGCUCAGGACAUCCUGGACACGCUGGAGGACAACAGAGAGUGGUACCAGAGCACCAUCCCACAGAGCCCUUCUCCUGCACCAGAGCAGAACGACGAGAGCGGACGACCCGCCGCGCCGAACGCCACAGACAAGUUCCAGUUCGAGCUGACGCUGGAGGAGGACGGAGAAACCGACACAGAGAAGGACAGCGGCAGUCAGGCUGAGGAAGAGGAGGAGGAGGAGGAAGAGGAAGACGAGGACGAGGACGAGGACUCCAAAACAAUCUGCACUCAGAACUCUGAGUGUACUGAGAUCCCGCUGGAUGAGCAGGCAGAGGGAGAGGAGGAGGAGGAGGAGGAGGAGGAGGAAGAGGAAGGGCAGGUGUGUGAGGAUGCUUCUGUAGAACCGAGUAUGGUAGAGGAAGAGGAGGAAGAGGAGGAGGAAGGAACGUAGCAGUGCAGGACACAUUCAGUCACUGCUAAUCAUGUCUCAGAGAAACGCACAGGCGGAGGGAUGAUUAAUAAACGGCGGGAGGAGGAAAGUUCCAAAGCGCACCUUGCACUCCACAACCUCGGCCGCUGCUGUCUCCCGGACACACGAGGACACACGAGGACACACACACACUCUGGUACAUUGUCCUUUUUUGCACUCAGGAAUAACAUUUGAUUUUUCUUUGCUGUCUUUAUGUUUACCCUAAAACCCCCCUGCUUCCUCCCAAGUCUGUGCUUCUUGGCCCUUAUUUGAGGGUCCUGUGUGUGUGUGUGUGUGUGUGUGUGUGUGUGUGUGUCUGCUCAAACUGGCACAUGGUCGGAAGCUAAACCACUGUGCUUUCAUCCCCUUCAUGUGGGCAGCAGUAAGAAAGAUCUGAAAGUCUCUCUCUCUCUCUCUCUCUCUCACACACACACACACACACACACACACACACACACACACACACAGAGCAGUGAAGAAAUAUGGACUGCAGCAGCUACGGCCACGGGGGAAAUGGGAAAUUUAUUGGAAUGUGUUCUCUGGCUUUUUUUACAUUUAAGUCUUCCUGAAAACCUGACUAAACACACACACUCACACACACACACACAUACAAACACACACACACACACACAGUGCUGUCAUGGCCUCUUUGCAUUUUUUUUUUUGUUUGUUUGUUUUACACGAAUGCUCGUUUUCUUACUAAAACAGCAAGAGCAAAGGAAACCUCUAGUGACGAGUAACUUGCAAGUAUGUGUGUAUGUUGUGCGGCGGGUUUUAGUGCGUUAGGUUAAUAACGUUAUUCAACACUGCUGGGUGUGUUUCAUUAACUGCACACAAUCUGUUCGGUGAAGUUUCAUUCCUAUUUCUGUCCUUCUCCUUUCAUUCAGAUAAUACACCUCAACACUUACCUCUAAUGAGCCUCAGCCACAACUGACUUUUUUCUUUUUUUUUUUCCCCCACAGAGCAAAACGUACGUUGUUUCUUUUGGACGCACGUUUUUAAACGAACCUCAUUGUCUCACAGUUACAUUACACACACGUUGCCGGGAACGUAGACGAGGCCAUUAGAUCAAACCCUUUUUUUUUUUUGUCCUGUUUCCUGUUACACAAACAUUUAGACUGUUUUUUUUUUCCUCUAACAUCCUGUGUUGGGUUUUGUCUUGCAUCAGAUGUCAUUUAACAUUUACUUUUCUACGAGACAAGCAAUUUCCGAGACACGUGAACUGUACAUUUCAGUGUGUUAGAAGCUGGGGCUUUUCUAACCCACCCUCGUGCUCCUUAUGAUAUGCCUUUUACAUUUGAACUCCACUGGAUCUCAUCGACAAACAUGACACGUGUUGUGCGUACGCCAGAAAGUUUUUCCAUUGAACAGAACUACCUAGAUUAAAGGUCUAGCUGAAACCACUGACGUAAUUCCCAUUGAUCGCAGACGCAACGCUGCGCGCCGACGUGUUUGUGCUGCGGGUCACACAUCAGACCGAGAGCUUUCUUAGGGCUAGAAUACAACUCGACUCUCCCUCUUCAUGCCAAACCCACACUCGCACACUGUUCUUGCACUAUAGGACUCUCAGCACUUAGCCAAUGGCUCUUCAUUUCUCUCUAUUUAUAUGUUUGUGGUUUUAUUUAUUGGUUUUAGUUGCUGUAUAUAUAUGAAGCAGUACUGUAGAACAUCAACUGUAGCAUAAAUGGUGUGGUACUUGCAAGUUACUUUUUUUCUCUCUCUGUGUCUCUCUCUCUCUUUCUCUCUCUGUCUCUCUCUCUCUCUCUCUCUCGCUUUCACUCUGUCUCUCACUCUGCCUCUCACUCUCUCUCUCUCUCUGUCUCUCUCUCUCUCUCUCUAACUCGCUUUCACACUGUCUCUCACUCUGUCUCUCUCUCUCUCUCUCUGUCUCUCACUCUGUCUCUCUCUCUCUCUCUGCCUCUCACUCUCUCUCUCUCUGUCUCUCUCUCUCUAUCUCGCUUUCACACUGUCUCUCACUCUCUCUCACUCUGUCUCUCUCUCUCUCUCACUGUCUCUCUCUAUCUCGCUUUCACUCUGUCUCUCACUCUGUCUCUCUCUCUCUCUCUGUCUCUCACUCUCUCUCUCACUCUCUCUCUCUCUCUCUCUCUCUCUCUCGCUAUCACGCUUUCACACUGUCUCUCACUCUGUCUCUCACUCUGUCUCUCUCUCUCUCUCUCUGUCUCUCUCUCUCUCUCGAUCUCGCUUUCACACUGUCUCUCACUCUGUCUCUCACAUCUCUCACUCUCUCACUCUCUCUCUCUCUCACACAUCUCUCUCUCUCUCUCACACUGUCUCUCGCUCUCUCUCCCCCCCUCCCCACAUGGUGAGUGUGUACGCAGAACAAACUUUUUUAAGGAGAAGAUUCUUCACCAAAACUUGAAUCCUGGCUUUUAAAUAGUAGUGAUUUUAAUUUUUUUAGUGAUACUUUCCUUUUUUUUUUUUUUUUUUUAAUGUGCCAUGUUAAUUUGUUUUUUUUCUCGCCUCACCAAAAUGACCUUACCUGUUAUGGGUUUCGUUUUGUCUCUGUUUACAGACAUGUAUUUAUUGCAUUGUACAUAUUGUAAUGUUUAUUGUAAAUGAUAAGCGAUUCUUACUCUAUCAUCCCUAAUGGCGAUGGUGUUGCUGUAUUUAGUAAACUCUUGUUGAGAGAAUGUUUAUUAUAGCUAUUAUACAAUGUAAAGAUUCUGUUUGGAAAAAAAAAAAAAGAAAGCAAAAAAAAAAAAAAAAAAAAAAGAAAGAAAACAGAAGUAGUCACCUUUGAGCUUGUUUAAUGGAGAACCAGGGGAAAGCCAAACAAUAUGACGCCACUGGUGUUUGGCCCCAGGGCUGUGCCUUAACUUCAGCGUCUCUAGAUUUCUCUUUAGAGAGACUGAGAGCAGUAGUGCACAUGGGGAAGUUCUGCCCAUUUUGCGACCUGAUUAUCAGAGUAAGUGCUACAUUGUAAAGCUUUGGUUCUGUAAUGCUGCGGCAGACUUUUUGUUUUGUUCGUUUUGUUGCAUUGAGACUGGCACAAAAGCAAAGAUUCUUCAUUCAUUGCCUGGCUUUGAAUGCCACACGCAGUGCACCCCAAUGCAAUAGGCACACACAUGGAGGAGAACAGAGGCGUGCUGGCUGCAUAUAUCCACUCUUAAGUUCAGGUGCCGUGUGCUACCGUCGUCUCAUCCAGCCUUGUAGACGUGCUCAUGCACUAAGCAAAAGAGUUUGUAUGUCGAGAGCCUUUUUUCUGACACACAUACUGUAGAUUAUAGCAGCCCUGGACCAAAGCCAGUCGUGGCUAUUAUUAUUAUUAUUAUUAUUAUUAUUAUUAUUAUUAUUAUUAUUAUUAUUACUUGUAUUUUUCAGUGUCAUUAAAAGGUACAUAAACUGGUACUUCAAAAUUUUAUUCAUUAGGUUACAUCUUUCAAUGACCUUAAACUUUUUACACUUCUUUCACUGGAUACAUUGUUGUUUGACAGAACUGUAGAUUCUGCUUCACUCAGUUUGAAGAACAUUUAAAAUGAGAGGAAACAUUUUUAUAUGCAACAUAAAAAAAAUAAAAGCAUGAGUUCAUUAA